AGAAUUCAAAUAGGAAAGCAAAUAGCAGUAACGCAAACUGCAAGAAAAGAGUGACAAAUAUAGACAGCGCUAUCCGGACCAGCGCAAGAAACAAUAACGAAAACAGCAUGACGACGACGGGGACAGCUACCCAACAGAAAUGGAAUAGAUGGGGAACAAGCAGCUAUACCGUAAUGCCACACGUCUCACCGGAGUCCAAGGCCAUCGCAGAGACGUACCAGCUACGGCCAACGGACGUCGUAGUCCUAUCCUUCCCCAAGACCGGAACGACCUGGACGCAGACGGUGUGCGAGCAGCUCCGGACCAGGGCCGAGGGAUACGAUGGCUUCGGCGACAUCACCGAGCGCCAGCCGUGGCUCGAAUUUGCCCACGACUGCGGGCAAGACUUGGACGACGGUUUGUACGAUGCCUACAAGCCACGCAUCUUCAAGUCGCACCAGCUCCUGAGCGCCAUCAAUCCCGGGGGAAAGUAUCUCUGCAUAGUUCGGGAUCCCGCCGCUACGCUGCUAUCCUGGUUUUCCUUUCAAAAGGCCAAAGGUCGACCGGGGUAUGCCGAAUACAAGGACGCGAACGAGUACAUCAAACACCGACCCGAGCUCUUUGGCGGACACCWCAUUUUCGGCACCAAUCUUUGGCAAGUAAGUUACUAAAAUACUACCAUUCCGGUCAGAGUUACGUUUGUGUCCAACCCUAUCCGCAACAUCGAAUUUUCUACGACUUACUAACGAUGRACCCACACGCACUCACAGAUGUACGCAGAAAUCUGGUCCGCACGGAACGAUCCCUCCGUCAAAGUCCUUGUAUACGAAGCGCUCAUCGCAGACGGGCCCAACGAUUAUAUGGAUCACCUGCCCGUGAUCCACGACUUUCUCGGUUUGCGAACGAACCACACCAGCCCAGAGGAGGACGAGGAAACCAAGACCCUCUACCAAAAAGUUGCAUUUCUCGUGUCGCGAGCCGAAAUGGUCCGGCACGCGGAAAAAUUCAAGGACACCUUUAUUGCCGAAAUGGGGAAAAAGCACGGCCGGGCCCUUCGCAUCAUGGAACCCGCGKCCAAGGUGCGGAGCAAAAGCGACAAACGAGCGGAGCUCGACGAGGAUACCCUUGAGUGGCUGGAGGACCAGUGGCUGGAAAAGAUAACCCCACAUACGGGCCAUGCGACCUACGAUGAAUUUGCGACGGAGCUAUCGGAUCUCUUCUUUGAAGGCGUYGUCGACGAAAAASAAGUCGAAAAGGCAGGGGCAGAACCACUGCCAUUGUCCCACGACGAGAUUGARAAAAAGCAACAUCGCCCAUCCAGGAAGAGCAGCAUCCUGGUGAGACGAAARUCGAGCAUAGUUGUCCAACAAAUGCCAAGCAUCCGUCAGCGACGAGAAACUCUUGCUCCUCUCGACUAGAUAUUCUAUAUAGCCUAGAAAU